AUGCGAGGUACUGGACGUGUCAAGGCUCUCUGCAUAGGAGCUGAUGCCUACACGCAUAUCGCGCCAUUGGUUGAGGCUGUGAAAGAUGCGCGUAGAAUGCAUAGGGAGCUGGAAGACAGCUCGGGCUGCUCCUCCUCCUUCCUCGCCAACCCGACGACGAGACAGUCCAUGUUAGACAUGCUUUCCUCUCUCGCCAUGGACUGCCAGACCAAGCGACCGGAGCUGAUGCUAGUGUUCUAUGCCGGGCAUGCUAUACAGCUGAGCUCGGGUGAGAUCGCAAUGCUGACAUGCGAUGUCGUGAGGCCGGAGGUGUCAGAGGAGACACGAGGGAGCAGGGUGACCGUCGGAGACGUGCUGAGCGCCAUGGCUGCGGGGGCAGAGAACGUGGAGGCGCUACCUCCUCUGAUCGUCAUCAUAGACGCGUGUAGAGACGAGGUGCAAGGGAGGGAGAGAAUCGAAUCAGAGAUAACCAACAGGACUAGGAGCAUGAAGGUUUCGUUAUUCCUGUCAUGCAGCAGAGGUCAGAGAGCAGAUGAUGAGUCAGCAUUCCUCAGGGACCUUCUGGACAAGGAGGAUGGGAUGUUCGCGCGGAACAUGAGGCUAAAGCAGGCCAUCCAGCAUGCUAUGCUUGAAAGUCGCCGCAGAGAGCAGGUGGCAGUAUCGUUCUGCACAGAGCUUAUCCCGGAGGACUUGUGUAUCAGGCCGGAACCGACGGUCCUAAGAGACAUCCAGCAGAUACAACAAGGAGCGAGGAGGGUCGCGGAGAGCUCGAGGAGGCUGGAAGAUCCAACAGCAGGGCCGACAAGCCCGGGUCCUGCAGCAGAGGUCGUAGCUGGAUACAGCCCUGCAGCAGCUGGGACAGGAGCAGACGCGUUUCGAAGCAGCAUCCUAGGCCUACUGCAGGAGAGUCUUGGCAGCCUGCUAGAAGAGAGUCCGCGGUGGCGGGUGUGCUCGAUGUUUGUGCUGGUGUUCCUGAGGUACGAGGGGACGAGGUACGGGACUCAAGUGACUCGCAGAUACUACCAGACGCGAUCGAAGAAGAGGCUUGGUCCUGACCUCAUCAGGGCUGUCAACGGUCAUAUGAGCAGGAACGAGAUCCGGUCGGAGGAGCUAGAGCAGUGGGUACAAGAGACCUACGGGACGUCGACCAGGAGCAAGACGGCGGUAGCAGCGAUCGACUUUGCCGUACGCGAGGAGAUCAGGAGGUCGCUCUCGCACAUGCCCGAGGAAGCGAGGUCAGAGCUUCGCUUGUGGGAGGAGGACGUGCGGCUUCGAGACUUCUACGAGGGCGACAUGACGGAGGAGGCGGCGCUGAACGAAGCAGAGGGGUACCUCAAGAACAAGAUGACGGCAGAUCAGGACGGGAGGCUGAGCCCUCUGCUCGCAGUGCACGUGCUGUCGCGGGUGGUCGAGACCGGCAGCUUCGUAACGUUUCUGAAGAUGACGAGGCUCAGCUGCGCCUGCUUGUCCGUGGCGCUGGCUAAGAGAGUGAGGGUGGCUGGACAAGGAUAUCAUGAGCACGGGGAGCUGGAGGAGCGACUUGAGAAGGAGGAGGCGGAGCAGCUCCGAGCUCUACUGGCAGGCGUAGGAGGAGACGAGGAGGGUUUUGUGGCGAUGAGCAAACUAGAGGGAGGAGGGGCGCUGACAGUCUGGGGACGAGAGCAGGAGGUCGACUCUCAAGUCGGCGAGGAGCUGAAGAAGCUCUCGGUAGUGCCCGUGAGGGAGAUCAAGACCGCCAGCCGCCUCCGAGUUCACCAGAAUGUCAUGAGGAGCGAGUCAGCUCUUUCGCAAGCCUCUACUGCCUCGGUCUCUUCGGCUUUUGCUCGAGAGAGACAUCAACGAAUCUUGUCCGCACUCCUCGACAAGCCGGAGCUGUCGGAUGCUCUCGAGCCCUUUGACAACAUCUCACCGGGGGACACGUGGGAGAACGUGAGGGGCAAGGUGAAGUAUGAGGACGUGGUGAGGGUCGGCAAGGCUUUGAUGAAGGAGGCGGAGCUGAUAGCCGGAGACUUCAAGACGCUGAUGAGGAGCAAGCAAGUCGAGAAGCUCCUCGGGACCUCAGUGGAGAGGCCGACGGACGUGAAGGACUUCGAGCGGAAGAUCAACGCGAGGUGGGGGCCGGGGGACAUUGAACGAGGCCCCUACAAGAUCUGGGCGAAGAUCAGCAAUAGGCCGGAGUGCUUCUUGUCUCGGCUAGAGCGAUACUUGAAUGAGUUCUUGUCGACCGAGGAGCGACAGGCUGACCUGAUAGUCGCCAUGGCGUACCUGUCGACUUUCAACUGGUGCUUGACGAGCAAGCCUGGGAAGCCUAUCGAGUAUGCUCUGCCUUCGGAUCAGAAAGCUUCCUAG